AUGGGCAAGAAGAAAGGCCGGGGCCGCGACGGCGGCCCGCGGACGCAGGCCGACGGGUCGCGCUGCAUGGACUCGCGGCCGACGUCCGUGCAGCUGCUGUCGACGUGGACGGGCGACAGCGCGCCGUCGCUGCUCGUCGUCGCGGACGCGGAGCGCCUCGUCUUCAACGCGCCCGAGGGCUGGCAGCGGCUCUGCGUCGAGCACGGCGUCAAGGUCGCGCGCGUGAGUACGCUCUGCGUGACGGACCUGUCGCCGAGCGCCGUCGGCGGGCUGCCGGGCUACAUGCUCACGGCGGCCGACGCGGGCUUGAAGUCCCUGCGGCUCUGCGGGCCCACGGGCCUCCAGGCCGUCCUCGCCUCGACGCGCCACUUCAUGCGCCGCGACGAUCUCUCGGUGGCCGUCGAGGAGGCGGCGCCGUCCGCCGCGGCCGCGCCGUGCCUCGGCGCCGCGGGCGGCGACCGCCUCGUGUCCGUCGAGGCCGUCGUCAUCGAGAGCGACGGCGACGGCGGCGGCGACGGCGCGGCCGUCGACGGCGAAAACGCGGUCGACGACGACGGCGCGGCGCCGCCCGCGGCGAAGCGCGCGAAAUCCGACGCGCCCCCGGACGCCGCGUCCGACGCGCCCCCGGACGCCGCGCCCGCCGCGCCACAAAGCACGCCGCCGCUGGUGAGCGCGUCCUACGUCUGCCGGACGCCGCGGGUCCUCGGCAAGUUCGACGUGAAAAAGGCCGCGGCGCUCGGCGUGCCGCCAGGGCCGCUCUUCGGCGCGCUCAAGCGCGGCGAGACGGUGACGCUCGCGGACGGCCGCGCCGUCGAGCCGUCCCAGGUCGUCGCCGAGUCGAAGGAGGGCGCCUGCUUCCUCGUGGUCCACUGCGCGUCCGCGGCCGCGGUCGCGAAACUCGCGGCCCACGCGGCGAUCGCGCCCUUCUUGCGCGGCGCCGCGGCCCUCGACUGCGCCUUCCACCUGACGCCGCCGGCCGUGGCGACGACGGCGGCCUACGCGUCGUUCCUCGCGUCCUUCCCGGCGGGCGUCGCGCACGUCGCGGCGCACGCGACGCUGCCGUCGCCGUACGCGACGCAGCGCCGCGACGCGCGGCUCCUGCGGCGCCUCGAGCCGGCCUGCUACGCCGAGCCCGGCGGCGCCGGCGGCGCGGGUUUACGGGUGGAGGGCCGCGUCGUCGACGGCCGGCCCCUGCUCAAGUACGUCCUCGUGCCGCGCGACGGCCGGGGUUUGGACGCGUCCGAGGUGCCGGCGCCGGAGGCCGCGGACGCGGGCGACUGGGACGCGGCCGUGGCGCGGGGCGUGCUGGAGGCCGCGGCCAACAUCGCCGCCGCGCGGGCGGCGGCGCCGCCGGACGCGCUGCGGGACGCGCGGGACGCGGAGCUCGUGUUUUUGGGAACGGGGUCGGCGAUCCCCUCGAAGCACCGCAACGUGAGCGGCAUCUACCUGCGCUGCCGCAACGCGCCGGGCACCGCGACGCCGGCGCCGCUCCCGGCGCCGCGCGAGCCCGGCGCGGGGCUGCUCCUCGACUGCGGCGAGGGCACGCUCGGCCAGCUCCACAAGGUCUACGGCGGAGCCACGGACGCCGUGCUCGCGGGCCUCGGCGCGAUCUGGGUGUCGCACCCGCACGCGGACCACCACCUCGGCCUGCCCGCGCUCCUCGCCGCGCGGCGGCGGCUCGCGGCGCCGCCCGUGGCGCUCAUGGCGCCCUGGCCCGUGCUCCGGUUCUUGGCGGACUACGGGCGCGCGUUUGCGGACGUCCGGGGCACGUACGAGCCCGUCGAGUGCCAGUGGAUGGGCGAGCGCGCGCCGAACCCCGCGGCGGCGACGCUCCGGGAGACGCUGGGGCUCGAGGCCUGCUUCUGCGUGCCCGUCGUCCACUGCGCGCAGUCGUACGGCCUCGUCGUCCGGUCGGCGGACGGCUGGUCGCUCGCGUACAGCGGCGACUGCCGGCCGUCGCGCGAGCUCGCGGCGGCCGCGCGCGGCGCGACGGUCCUCGUCCACGAGGCGACCUUCGAGGACGAGUUCUGGGAGGACGCGCGCGCGAAGCGCCACUCGACGAUCUCCGAGGCCGUCGCCGUCGGCGCGGACGCGGGCGCGGCGCGCACGGUGCUCACGCACUUCUCCCAGCGCUACCCGUCGAUCCCCUACGUCGAGUCCGGCGACGACGGCGACCGGCGGCGCCUCGCGAGCGUCGUCCUGGCGUCGGACCUCAUGCACGUGUCCUUCCCGCAGCUCGCCUGGGCGCCGACGCUCCUCCCGGCCCUCAAGCUCCUCUACGGCGAGGAGGAGCCCGCGGAACCCGCGGCGUAA